AUGGAGCUCAUCGCCAUCUGCCUUACCGCUCUUGUCAUAGGUUUCCUUCUGAUAGGAAACUCGCCAAUCCAAAUGCCACCAGAAGCCUGGGGCUACGCUCUUGCUACGGUAUUCUUUACCGUUAUCGGAGGCGCAUCAUUCUUUGGUCAGAUCAUCCAUACGGCCCUUCCAGAGCUUUAG